AUGCACACUGAAAACAAACAAACAAGCAGAAACCUCGUCGACGUCGGGCCCAUAUCCGACCCCGUUUCCAACGCCGGCUCCAGCGCCCUGCUUUACACGGGCGGCCGGCUGUUCUCCCUGCACGAGAGGGGCCAGAGAAGUUCGACGAGCGUUUUUCUGAAGGACCUUGACGCGGAGCUGCAGCGGGUAAAGUCUGUCGUUGCGGCGUGGGAGAAGUCGGGUGCUCAGCCCUCGAGCUCCCGCCUCUCCUCGUACCUGCGGUACCCCUCGUCAAACCGGACCUGCAGGCCCGCCGGCCACACGGACGGCCUGGUGGGCUUUCUCUCGGACAACGCCACCGAUGAGUACUGGGAGAACGACCUGCACCGCGAGGGCGCGGCCGUGACGAAGGCGCUCAAGGCGCCCUGCGGUCUCAGGCUGCAGGGGCACGGUGCGCGGGCGCUGUGGUCGGUGGCCACAACGCCUGAGGCCGCAGAGUACAAGUUCACCAACAACGAAUUCACGCUUGUGGCGACUGUGCUGAUUCACAAUCCGCGGGCUGGGGACAUCCCCUUGCUGAGCGUGGGCCUGGAUGCGAAGGGGGGAAAGCGCCUGCUGGGGCUGGCGUACACCACCCACCGGCACUGGAUGGCGCGCUACGGGCACCUCUCGCGCCUGGCGCCAUUGAAGUGGGAGCCGCGCAGGCGGUACCACGUGGCCUUGACGCUUCGGGACGGCCAGGGCUUCGUCUACGUGGACGGGAAGCCGCUGCCAGGGGGCGGAACGAGGGUGGACCGCAGCAAGGACUCUUCCAGCAGCCUGCACGUCACCUUUGGCGCGCACCGCGGACCGACGGCGUACAUGGAGACUGACUUGACGGUGGCCAGUGUCAUGCUUUACAACCGCCCGCUGAGCGAGGACGAGAUUGCGGCGCUGCACAAGGGCAUGGAGGCGGUGGAAGCGCAGCCGGCUGCGGGCGAGGAGCCGGCGGAGGCGCAGCCGGCCGCGGAGGCCAGCGCCGCCACUGACGGCAGCGGUGCCGGCGCAGGCAAACCCUCGGAGGAAAGGCGCGGAGUCGAGGGUCUCGCCACGGACGUUCCCGGUGAGCUAACUCCGGCAAAGGUGGAAUUGCGCGGUGCGAUUGCGAGGCCUAGGCCGACGCGAGAGAGUGGAGCAACUGGCGUGAAUGAGGCUGAGACGGAGGAUGGGGAGUCGCCGAGUACGGCUGGCCGCGCCGCACAGCCCCGGAGCUGGGGCUCUGCUACAUCAUGGGCGCUAUCCGGGGACAGCUCUGUGCAGGUGUGCGGGGGUCGGGCGCUGCCGCUUGUGCUUUUCGGCCUGUCGACGCUUGUCGCUCUCUGCUGA